CUUCUCAUACUCGCCUGCUGUUUCUCUCUGGCUUACUCUUCUCGCUCUGCCUGUCACUUAAUGUACUCUGGAGAGAGAGCACCAUGUUGCGCCGGAAGCCAUCCAAUGCCAGUGAGAAGGACCCAGUGCAGAAGAGGAAGGUGAGUGAUUGGAGAGGCAAGCACCAGGUCCUCACCUCUUCCCAGAGCCUCUUCUUGCCCAACAGAUUGCUAGUAGGGGCACAACAGCAGCACUUGACCAAUGGGAUGAGGCUGUGGAGAGCAACAGGGCCUGAAUUGCUUACGUUUCAUGCUAGUCCUUUGUACCUAUUGUUUUUAGAAGACUUGGGGGGGGGCAUAGUUUGCCAGCCAGAGGCUAGGGGUUGUGGAUUUCCUUAGGGCACGGGUAGACAAACUAAGGUCCGGGAGCCAAUCACCUUCUAAAUCCGGCCCGCGGACGGUCCAGGAAUCAGCGUGUUUUUACAUGAGUAGAAUGUGUCCUUUUAUUUAAAAUGCAUCUCUGGGUUAUUUGUGGGGCCUGCCUGGUGUUUUUCCAUGAGUAGAAUGUGUGCUUUUAUUUAGAAUGCAUCUCUGGGUUAUUUGUGGGGCAUAGGAAUUUGUUCUUUCCCCCCAAAAAAUAUUGGUCCGGCCCCCCACAAGCUCUGAAGGACAGUGGACUGGCCCCCUGCUGAAAAAGUUUGCUGACCCCUGCCUUAGGGGCUACGCUUUGGUACAGGGGUUGCUGUAGCUCAGCGGUAGAGCAUCUGCUUUUCAUGUAGAAGGUCUUGGGUUCAAUCCUGGCAGCUCCAGGUAAGGCUGGUAAAAGCUUCUUAGCUGAGUCCCUGCAAGGCCACUGCCAGCCAGCAUAGACAAUAUUGAGCUAGCUGUAGCAAGGUUCUGAAAAUAUGGCAUCUUCUGUGUUCCCCUUUCCCCCAUGCUGCUUGGCACCUGUUGCUGUAGAAGCUGUCUCAGGUCCCUUUGUGGUUGUGCUAUGUUAGGCAAAGCUGGACCCAGCUAGGUUCACAGCAACUGCACAGUCCACUCAAGUGGUCUCUUUGGGCAGCAAUGUUUCCUUGGGGUGAGGCUGUCACACCAGUGAAACUGAGUGCCACAAUCCUAGAGGGGCUCUCCAGGACAGUUGACAGCCCUGCAGCUAUCCAGAGCACCAAACUGUCUAGGACAGAUGCUUUUUAGAUACGAGUCCUCCAGCUUGCUUCAUGGGCAGGGAUGGGUAAACUGUGGCCAUCCAAGCCUUCCAUCCCUGCUUCGGGGGGGGGGGUUAGUUUCCUUCAACAGGCACCCUUGUUAUGCAGUGUCUGUGUACUGCAUAUUGUGGAUGUGUUUGUGUGUUUGUUUUCUGACUCUGAGCUUGUUCUAGUUUAAGUGGUAUGAUGGGCAGAAAUCCAUCAGGGACAUUUUCCACACCACGGAAAACAGCAGCUGAUAAACAGUGCAGCACUUAUGCCAGGGCAAAGGGGAGGGAAGACUUCAUCUGUAACCCAGAAACACAGGAGAAAUGAUCAAGCCAUAGAAACAUGAAAGAUCAGAGCUCAGUGCCCACUCUGUUCUCUGCAGACAGAGGGUGCUCUUUCUUAGGCCUAUUAAAUAAAUGUUAAAGAAUUUAUAAUAUGAGUACAGUAUUGGUCAUUAACCUGUCAGUUAAAUUUGCACACAUUAAAAGCAAAUGUUUUUGAAGCAAUAAGUCUGUUUUAGGAAUAAGAAGCUGCAUUCAUGCUGACUAUUGGCUCCAUCUAGUUUAGUAUUGUCUACGCCGGCUAGAUAGCAGUUCUCCAAGGUUUUAAGUAGGGAUCUUUCCCGGUUGUACUUGAAGAUGCCAGGGAUUGGAACUGGGACCCUCUGUAUGCAAAUGUAAUGCCCUAUGGCUGCGCUAUGACUUUCUCCCAAUUUUUAGCCUAUUCACAUGUGUUGCAUAGCUUGCAUCAUCUUCAAAGCUGCUUUCCUCCUGGACCUAAAACAAGGAAGAUGGUGUUUGUCAUCUGCAGCUUUUAUAUAUUUUCCAAACGGCAGCCUGAUUGAUUUCAGGGCAUAUUAUUUCCCAUUUAUCUCACUCAUUAGUGGAUUAAAUGCUACUGCCCCAGUUUCUUCCUCUCUCAUUCUUUGGGGGAUGCUGUUCCCCUCACCUCUCCAUCUUUUCACUUCCUCAUUUCUCUCUUCAAAAACCAAACAAUGGUUCAAAUUCCCACAGAACAACACCCCCUAUAGAAUAUAUUUUCUGGCUUCUUACUGGGGGGCAGAGCUUCGCUAGGCAACAACCUACCUCAUCAGAUGCAUCUGUUCUCGGAUGCAUUUGAUGAAAUGGGCUGCAGCCCGUGAGAUCUCAAGCUGUAACUCAACUACAGACCGCAAGUAGAGCUGUCACUGCACAGUUUCGUUGCGGCCGCCCCACCUGGGGGGCCCUCUGAGCAAAUCAGUUCCGAGUUUUGCACAGCGCUGAAAGCUUGCAACUCCGACAAGAGCUGAAGCGAGCCUUCCUACGUGUGACCGGAGGGCUACCGCAAAAGAAUUGACUGUGUGUGUUUUUGGUGUGACCGGCUGAUAGUCCUGCUCCGGGGGGCGGGGGCACUGCGAUGAUGAGCAGCUUUUGCAUCGGGGCGGAGUCGCGGGGUUCGUAUUGUGUGGAUCAGGUGUAGGCUUACCAGCAGCUCCCAGCUCCCCACAUCCACCCCUUCCUCCUGCUUUGCUUAUGCACCGAGGCUUGAACUCUGCUUUGCAAGUAUUUGCAUUUCCAGACCUCAAAUGCGCCACCGCGUGCGGACACACACACACACGCAAUACCCGUCCUCUGACUUCGGCAGCUUCUCUGUUCGCAAGCUAAGCCCCACCUCCCGCACACCUUUGCCGCUCUAGCGCUUAGGCUCGAGAGAGCUUGCUGUUGGUGGUGGUGCCAAGCCACACACUUCAUUCGCUGAGUGGCGAUUUUUGUAGCGACCUUACAAAAGAAAAAAAGAGAUGCACGCCAAAUGUGAAAGCGGGAACGGCUAGGUUGGCUUAAGGCCAGUGAUUUGUCCGUGCACCCGUUUCCCGUCUCUGACGGCGGGCAAGACCCAGAGCAAGGUAUUAAUGCAAUGCAUGUACAGUGGUACCUCGGGUUAAGUACUUAAUUCGUUCCGGAGUUCCGUUCUUAACCUGAAACUGUUCUUAACCUGAAGCACCACUUUAGCUAAUGGGGCUUCCUUCUGCCGCCGCGCUGCUACUACACGAUUUCUGUUCACAUCCUGAAGCAAAGUACUAUUUCUGGGUUAGUGGAGUCUGUAACCUGAAGCGUAUGUAACCUGAGGUACCACUGUAUAUUGCGAGAUGAGAGGACGGGGGACUCCAAGUGUUGCUAACACUAAUUGGAGAGAGAGCAGGACAGGAGCGACUUGCUCUUUCCUCUUACCAAAAUGUACAGUCAGAUCGUGAGCUGGCGAGGAGCGUAGACGUGCAGCUUUCUACAGUACUUCCCUCGUAACAACAGUUCAUGCUUCCUUAAAAAGGCCUGCUUCCUUCCCGAGCCACGCCUUCCCACAGUUCCCCAUUUACCCCCCCCCCCCCAGCCAACAUAUUAAUAACAGAGCUUGAUGUGGGAGAGGUUGUUGUUGUUUGGUAUAGCCAUCGCCAAAUUAGUACCCGCUCCAGCUAUUUUGGACUACAACUCCCAUCAGUCCCAGCUAGUCUGACGUGGGUGCCACCAUCCGUGCGCAUGGCACUUCAUAAGAGGCCAGAUCUCUGCCCCGCGGAGCUUUCAAAUCUAAAAAUACUGCACAGUGGAUGCAAGAGAGGAAUGAGGAAAUGAGAGGUUGGGUUAACAGGAAGAAUCUUUAUUUUCUCCAGUUACACCAGCUUGGAUUUGGUUGCAGAAUUAGUUACAACAUGAGGACUAGGAGGCUGAGCCUUCACAUGCCCCUCCACCCGUUACCCGAUGUGUGCUCCCUGCUUUUUUCCUAUAUUUACAUUCUGCACCCUCUUGCUCCCCUUAUCAGCUGUCCCUGCAGCGAUCCAGCAGCUUCAAGGACUUUCCUAAAUCCAAACCCAGCUCCCCUCUACCAAGUGAGAAGGAAUUCAACCUAGAGGAGGAGGUGAGUACCCCCAUUUAUUUACCUAUAACAUUUUUAGGACACCUUUUCCUCCAGGGAGCUCAAGGUGGUUCUCCCAGUUUUAUCCUCACAGCAACACUGAGAUACAGUGACUGUCCCAAGGUGAGCUUCAGUGCUGAAUGGGGAUUCGAACUCUAGGCUCUAAUACUCUGACCAUAUCACCUUCAUCACAGAGCAUCUGACUCUGCCCAGGCUUAUUCACAUAUUAAUCUGUUUAUUUUCUUACCCUAAUAUCCCACCUUUUAUCCAUCAUAGAAUGGUCACAUUCUUUUCUCCAAAGAUUUCUAUCUAUGCACUGUGAUUUGCUUAGCGUGCUGGGAAUUUUAGCUACAAAUCACAAUUCUUUGGGGGAAGCCAUGACUCUUAAAGCAAUAUAAGUGUGUUUUAAAUGUAUGGUGCUGCGGGUGGUGCUGUGGGUUAAACCACAGAGCCUAGGACUUGCCGAUCAGAAGGUCGGCGGUUCGAAUCCCCGUGAUGGGGUGAGCUCCCAUUGCUCGGUCCCUGCUCCUGCCAACCUAGCAGUUUGAAAGCACGUCAAAGUGCAAGUAGAUAAAUAGGUACCACUCUGGUGGGAAGGUAAAUGGUGUUUCCGUGUGCUGCUCUGGUUCGCCGGAAGCGGCUUAGUCAUGCUGGCCACAUGACCCGGAAGCUGUACGCCGGCUACCUCGGCCAAUAAAGCGAGAUGAGCGCUGCAACCCCAGAGUCGGUCACGACUGGACCUAAUGGUCAGGGGUCCCUUUACCUUUACCUUACCAGGCAACAUCUAUAUGGCUCCGACCAAUCACCUUCCAGGUGCUGACCACCAGUUUCAGCAAAGCAAGGAGUGGUCUCAUGUGCCUUGGAACCAUACCUGUUCCCACGCACUGUCUACAGUCAGUCCUGCUCUUGCCUGCCUUGGGCUUCCGCUGCUGCAGCCCUGAAUUAGCUGCAUCACAUUUGCCUCUCAUAUUGCAGCUCAUGUUAACUUCUCCUACCUGUGACAUCCCAGAGCUGUUGGGACUCUCAUCAGCCUCAGCCAACAUGGCCAUUGGUCAAGAAUGGCAGGAGCUGCAUCCCAAACAACAUCCAAAUGGCCACAGGUUCCCCAUUUCUGCUUUAUAUUGACAAUGUUAGAGCUCCUGCCCCUUUCAAGGGAUGUCGCCUGGUCCUUAUUUCCCCUCUUCCGUGGUUCCUGCACUGUUUGAAACACUGUUCUGUCCAUCUCUGUCCCAUCUCAAUAGCUACAGUUCAGCAACUGCACAUAUAUUUACGUGCACUUUCCCCUCUCGUAUUCAGUGGGGAAAGGGUGUGUAGACAGCUAUGCAAAUAGCUCAGCCUGUCUGAAAAGGCAGGCCUCUUCAUAUCUGUUGCUGGGGGCAUAUGGAAGGUUUGAUUCACCCCACCCCACACCCAGCAAGGAGGCAUCCUCCUCCUCUCCAGGCCAGCUGCUCUCAAUACUUUUCCUCUUCUGUACAGGUCCCCGAAGGCAGUCAUACAAACUCUGUGCCCAGCCCAGAUGACUCAGGCCGAAGCAGCACCUCAAAGCUGGGUAAGAGAUGGAGAGCUGCCAUCUCCCGGACCAUGAACAGGAAGACCGGCAAAGCAGCCGCCAAAGCUCUCGCAGAGCAGGUGAGAAAGGAGGCAGUGUGACCAGCCGACUUUCCUUUCCCACUGGACCUAAACUGCGUCACUGCCUAAAGGGAGAGGCUUGCUCUUUUCUUGUUCUUUUCUCAGCCCUCAUGCUUGCUAGGGGAAAGUAAAUAGGCAGCAACAGAAAUGAAGAGCAACGCCAGCAAAGAGGCUCUAGGGAUUAGCAAUAGGCCCCUUGUACAGCUGCCUGGUGAUGUCAAUUCACGCAGCAAGGCCUGGGUCGGGUGUCUCGUGCGAAACAAAACCACCAAGGUCUGUAAUGCUUUGACACGUUGGGUCAAGGGGCCAACAACCUUAUGCUUUCAGCACCUGCUAAAGACUUUUCAUUUCACCUAACCCUUUAUGGAGUAGCUCGCUGGCUGUGCAUUUUAUUGUCUCUUACUUGGCCACUGUGAUGCUUGAACAGGUUUUAUUUCAGUGGUUGGCACCGUGUGCCUUUUAUCCUUUUCUACACUGCUUUGCGAUUUUUUUUGGAUGCUAAGUGGCUUAUAAAUACUUUAUUAAUAAUAAUAACUCUUUGAAUACUUGCCCAGAGCCUGAUAAGACUGAAGCCUAAGCACCAAACAAGACAUGACAUUUAAAUGCAUCAUUAAUCACUGUUUGUUUGUUUUUUAAAAAAUUAAAAAUUAAUAACAGGUGCAGAGAUCCAUGAGCUGCUGUUAGCCCAUCAAGAAAGCACCAGCAGGAACUUUCCUUCUGAGCUUAAUAGCAGCUUAGGCAAGGAGAUAUUCAUCCAGAGCAGGGUUUCCCAAACUUGGAUCUCCAGCUGUUUUUGGACUACAGUUCCCAUCAUCUCUGACCACUAGUCCUGCCAGCUAGGGAUGAUGGGAGUUGUAGUCCCAAAACAGUUGGAGACCCACUUUUGGGAAACCCUUAUCAAGAGCACAGGGCAGGGGGAAUAAAUGGCCAGAAUGCUGCAGAUAGGAAGCUGACUUAUACAAAAUGAGACCUAAGGUCCAGCUAGCUUGGUACUGUAUCUACUUGUUAAUGCUUUCUGGAGUUUCAGACAGGGUUCUCUCCCAACUCUACAAGGAGAUGCCAAGGAUUCAAACUGGGACAUAUGCAAAGCAGAUGCUCUGCCCCUGAGCUCUGGCCCUUCCCUGUGUGGGUGUGUAAGAACAGAUACACGAUUGCUAAUGACAUGUUAACCACCCACAGCUAACCAUGAUGUUUAGGACUUUAAGGGAUAAAUCCAGGUCCCGACUCAGCAGCAUGGCAUCUGAACACUUAUGUAAGAUUUACAUACCAUAUUUUGAAGGGAGUAGCAUAAUUCAUGAUACCCUCUAAAGGUUUGGGAGUGGGGAGAGAAGGAACAUACGACCAUUAAUUCCAAAAUAUAUGGGCCCUAAUAGCUCAGUGAUGGACCACUGGGCAUGCAAAGCACAUGUUCAGUUAAAGGGUUGCCCAGCUGGGAAAGACUUUUGGUAGUUGGGGGAAGAACAGAACCGAGCAGGAUGCUACAAGAAAACAGGGUCUAGACACUAGACCCGAGCAAAGUCAAUCCGCCCUUCUGUCUCUUCUUAAAGCGCAAAGGGGUGUUCAUUGUGCCUUAUUGACCUAAUGCAGGGGGAGGCUGAAGACGAGGCCGCUGCAUCUCCCAUCAGCAGCCCCACUGAAGACGAAGGCCCAGUCUUUCCAGAAUCAAGUGAGGAGACGAGCAGCUCUCAGUCACCAAAUGGUGAGUCCAGCAUGAAGGCUUACUUAGCACUGAGGCUGGGCUAUAUAAACACUUCGGACUGCAGACAGAAGUUCUCAUAAGAGGACGCCUGUCUGUACAAAUAAAACCCCACAACACCAACACCAAGCUUCCUCCAUAAAGGAAACGAGGCAUUGUGGAGAAGGGUUCGAACAUCACUUUUUUUCCUUGGCACACUAGCUUUCUGUUUGCAGGGAUUUCUUUUUCUGGAUGGAUGAAGCAGGAGAAAGACCACAAGCUGGAGGGUAGCUUUAUAUCAGCACACACUGCCAUACGCUGAAUGAUGUAGCUUGGUGAGAUCUCCUAAACCCUGAGUAGCUCACCCCCUGCUGAAAAGGGAGGAGACAGUUUACAUCCAUCAAUCACUCUGUCUCCAUUUCACUGAACCUACCAGAGGUCCAGUGUCCAAACUUUAAGCCCCAGCAAAAUCCACCCACUACAAUUUCUUUCUUCUGAUCUGAACCUCUCCUCCUGCAGGGACUGAAUUGUCCAAUCCCAGACUGAUGGGAAGCAGCUGCAGCAGCAGCAAGAAGGGAGAUGAGGCCAGCCCCAUACCCUACGUUGGCCCUUUUUGUGGAAAAGCCAAAGUUCACACUGACUUCCUCCCCAGCCCGUAUGAUAAAGACUCUCUGAAACUUCAGGUGGGUAACAAUGCAACACUUGGCAUUUAUCUUCCCAUGCAAGUUUGCAAAGGCAGACCUUGUUCUAGCAGAGAGAUCUCUUUUGUCAUCAGCCUACAAAGGAAAUAUUUCAUGCCAAGUUAUUGAUCAGGCCAAUAUGGCAUCAUCCUGAAAAAUGGUGACCCACUGUAGGAUUAGGACUGUGUAGCAAGAGUUGGCUCUGCAGAUGUUGUAGGACUCCCAAGUCCCAACACUGCAGCCAGCAUGGCCAGUGGUCAGAGAUGGACAAUAUAGUCCAGCAACAGCUGCAGGACCACAAACUCCACAAACUGGAGCACUUUAACAACUGAGAGGGAUAAAUUAAAUUUUAAAAAAACCUUUGUCAUUUCUCAAGUGUUGGUUCUGGCUUUCUUCCCUUCACUCAGUAUAAUAGCAGGUGAGAAGCCUCUCUUUUUUUUCAGCCAAAGGGCCUCAUUCCCUUAGGCAACUUUCCAAGAUCAGCACACCAGGGGUGAGCAAGGCCAGAAGCGAAAAGUGGGUGCAGCAAUAGAUGUGUGACCAUUACUUGUGUACAGCUGGCAACACCACAGCAACAUGAAGAGUGGGACUAGUUUUCAGAGGGUAGCUAUCUCAAACAAGACAGAUCUAGGCUGGUGGCUCCUCUGUUGGAAGGCAGUAGCUUGGCUGAACCAUACCUGAAGGUCACAGAAACCCCACAUCCUUAGUUUGGGGGUGGGGUUGGGGAGGAAGUAGAGAGAUACCAGGCUGAUACCAGCACCUGUGUUCCUGUAGGACUGAAUAGUCAUGCUGUGUGGUGCUGUAAUAUCAACUAAAAGAUGUGAUGAUUUUGCAUUUGGCAUAGAAAGGAGAUGUCAUCCACAUCAUUGCAAAGGCACCUGCAGGUACCUGGACUGGCCUUUUGAACAACAAGGUGGGCUCCUUCAAGUUCAUCUAUGUGGACAUCAUCCCAGACGACCCUGCACCAGUUGCAAAGAGCAGUUCGCGAAGCAGGAGCAAGAGGCCCAAACCCAAAACCUUGCACGAACUGCUGGAACGCAUGAAUCUUGAGGUGAGGAUGUUGCCCUACCAGUAGAGCAAAACAGCAAGGCUACUAGAGGGUUGGGUUUGUGGUUCAGGGACUGGGCACACAUUUUGCGUGGAGGACAUCUAAGGGUCCAUCUCUGAAAUCUCCAAAUAUGGCUCGGAAACGAUACCUGUCUGAAACUCUGGGCCUUACUGCUAAUUAGCAAACUAUAGUUAGAUAGACAUUGGACGGGCUAAUGGUUUGACUUGGUGGAGUUGUUUUUGAGGAAUGUUUGGAGGGUGCAUGUAGCUCUAGCUCAUUGCUGGCAUUUUGCUGUACAGAGGGGCAAGGAACAAAUGCGAUUAACUAGCCCACGGUACUCUAUAUACAUACAGUCGUAAUUCAUUUCCUGUAAAGGAAUGAUAGGCCAGCAUGAAUUUUAGCAGCCUGAGUUCAACCAUAGAGCUGUCGUAGCCACUGCAUAAAAGCUCUUGCAGCUAGUACAAAAGUGCAGCAAUGAAGGAUCUAAACGUAUUGGCAAAAAUUCCACAAGAACUAGCAUUUGAGCUCCAUUGCUGAAGAUCUGUUUUGACUGCAUCUAUUGUACAGAUGUAGGGUAUCCCCCCCCCCAAGUUGCUAGUCCUCACUUUUUAAAUCCUCCCUCUCUCUAUAAAAACACUUAUUUAUGCUGUUGCACAGAGGCCUCUAUCAGAACUACUAUUGCCUCUGCUCGUUUCUCCCUUUGGGGGUUUACAAUGAGACUUACUUCUUUUAUCAGCAUGUAGGACCCUAGGGCAGUUGUUGGGGGCAGGGGCUAGAUCCUUGCUUUGGACUCCACUUGAAGAAACAAUUUGCUUCCUUAGCACUGGGUGUUUGGGUCUGGUAGCCACCAAUAAAUUUCCCACAAUGCUCAGGACUUCUGGGGCAUUGUGGGAAAUUUAAAUGGAAGCAACCACAGCCCAGCACUGAUCAGAAUGCUGCUGUGGCCAAUGUCAGGUAAGUCUACCAGAGUCUACACAUGAAGUCCCCCAGUCACUGAACCUGGCUAGCUGCUCAUAGCCAGCACAUUGAUGCUCUUUCCCAUUCAUCAGGAGUAUGCCUCUACAUUGCUACUGAAUGGCUACCAGACCUUGGAGGACUUCAAAGAGCUGCAAGAGACCCACCUGAAUGAACUGAAUAUAACUGACCCACAACACCGUGCCAAGCUGCUAACAGCAGCGGACCUCCUGCUUGAUUAUGACAGUAAGUGCUUUUAUUAAAAAGCUUGUUUCUUCCCUUCCCAUUCACAGACUCUUUAGCAGACCUUCUGCUUUGCCUGCAGAAGGUCCUAGAUUCAAUGCUUACCAUCUCCAGUUAAAAGGGUCAAGUAGCAGACUAUAGAAGAUACCCCAUUCUACUUGAAAUCAUGGGAGGCUACUGCAUUCAAGGGUAGACAACACUGGCCAAAUAAUCUGGCCUCAUGUCCAACAACUUCCCAUUUUCCUACAGGUGGGCUUUCCAGUAACAAUAGUUGCUUUCUCUCUCCCCAGCAAGCAGUGAGGCGGAAGAUGAAGGAGGAAGCUUGGGGGGCCCUGGAGAGCCAAAGGGAGACAUUCCCCGUGAUUCUGGAUGCUUUGAAGGGACAGAGACACUGGACAGCGGGCGAGAAGACUCUAAGCUGGGGGAAGAGCUGCAAAAUCUCUCUCUGGCUGGCUCACGCUGAGAAAAGGUUUUUCCUUCUUCAUCCUGGGGGUUGGUUUGGCAAAUGUAAGCAGUCAUCCAAAAUGUGCCUGCCUCCAAGACAGAAGAUACAGCUGCAAAAUCAAAAGCUCCCUCUUCAGAAAGAGCAAGAGCAUUGAUGCAGCCUUACUACUCCCGGAGUAUUGGCUGGAUAAAUCAAUAAACCUGUCAGGUCCCAGAAACUCUGCCUUUCCCCAGGCUAGAAAUUUUAAGAACAGGUUUUUGCAUUUAGAAAGGCUUGUUGUUUAGCCUUCUUGCAUGCAGUUGGCUCAAGCUGUCCCUCCACCCACAGGUACUGAGAACUAUUGAACAUGCUGCUGAGCUGAGGAUGGUUACUGUUCUCCCUAUAGGCUCGGUACCUUCUGGCUCAAAGGACACCCCACCCCCCCUUACUCAAAAUACAGAACCGACACAAUAGGGGUCAUGACUGAAGGCUGGAGGUAGAACUAAAUAACUGUGGUCUGUAUCCCUGAAGAAGAGCAGCAGAUGCAGAGAUUAAUGCUCUGAAUGUAGCCACUGCUUUCCCCUUCUUUGUGUUGUGGAAUGGAAAAAGGCUCCCCAGGAGGAACGGCGACCUAAAAAGCAGGGUGGCUUGCUCUAAUGUGGGGAGGAAAUGAAGAUGGACAAUUUGCUACUUUUUUUCGCUUUGAAUAUACCCAUAAUUAUCUUGUUUAAAAAGACGUGUGGUACUGCAACGAGAGAAAGAAAGCAGGGAAGGGCCAUAACUCAGUGGCAGAAUGCAUGUUUUACACAAGGACAGUCCCAGGUUUGAUUCAUGGCAUAGCCAGGUAGGACCACGAGAUGCUUCCCAUCUGAAACUUUUGGGAUGCUGCUGGCAGUGUGGACUAAAGCUCGAUGGACCAUUGGUCUGGCUAAAUAUAAGGAAGCUUCUUGUGUAUCUGGUCAACAUCAGGUAGGUGUAAUUCACAGGCCAGCUGAACUGCCUCUGAGAAGCAGCACCAUUUGGAUUAGGAGAUCUGCACUUUACUGGCUGGGGAUGUUGGGCUGUGUUUGGCAAAUUGAACCAGGGUUUCUUGGGGUAAGAUUUAGCCUCUUUGUACAGGAUCCCAAUAAAGCACAUUUACCCCCCCCCCCCCCAAGCACAGGUCUGGUACAGUGCCUUUUUGAAAAAGUGGGUUUAAAACCACCACCCUCUACCCAAGCAGCAGAAAAAAGAAACCCUCCACUCUGCUGUGGAGUGAGGCAUACUGGCUCCUCUCACACAACUGUGACAGCCAGUUCAUCCUGUUUGUUUCCAUCAGCCCCUCAUCCAAUUGCCCUACGCCAGCCUACACAGAAGCCAUGUCUUAUGAAAACUUGAAGGCAGUUCUCCAAGCAGGUUUCCAUGAUAAUGACUGGCAGGAAGAGAUGUCAAGUAUACCACACCAGGUUUUCCCUCUUUGACAACAGUUAUGGCCACUGAUUCAGUGUGGCUUCUCUGUUUGUAUCAAAAGGGUGGUGUCCUGGCAAAGUACCACUUCACAAGGCAGGCUGCCUCUUUUUUUACUGCGGAAGAUUCAGUUUAAAGUAAAUGCUGCACUAUAAACAGAGGCAGGGGAACUACCUACAAGCCUAACACCAAUAAUGGAGACUAGCAGUGGAGACAAACUGGUGCCAAGGCAACACACAUAACACACCAGAUAAAUUCCAAUACCUUCAUUGAGAUCAGAGGAGCACACCAAAGCAUCAAGGCAGCCAGGACCAUCCUGCUUCCUGGAGCAAUUUGACACAGUACAUUAUAAAAUAUAAUCCAAACAAUAUGGUUGCAACACUUGAGAUUUGGUCAGUAAUUGGGGAAAUACGGGAGUAGCCUCUACCUUUGCCUCAAGGAAGGAGGGCAGCACUGGCAAGGCAUCAAGCAAUGAUUGUUGGAGGUGCAUCUGCCUAUUCCUGGCUCCCACCAUGCCCAGUGGGGGAAAUAAGGAAGCUACAUGGACCACACCACCAUGUUAGAAGAGGAACCACCUUUCUCUCAGUCACUGCAGGGGACUUGCUUUUCAACAUCAAUGUUGAAUCCGGGGACACUUUUCAACAUCAAUGGAUUUUGUAUGGGGACUGAUAUGUAAAUCCAGGGACUGUUCCCGGGAAACAGGGACGUCUGGUAACCUUAUCUGGUAACACACUGAUUCUACCCCUGCAGAUGAAGAGAGCACAAACUUGGCCAGAGUGCUUCACUACUUAGAAACACAGUGGGAAGAACUGGUGAUGUGACUGUCCUAAGCCAAGUGGGAAUACACUGAGAUAUAACCUCUCACAGCUGCAGACCAUCAGGGAGAGGUGAGGGGAAGAUAAGCUUCUCUGCUCUCCUGACCUGAACAGUUAGCUAAAUCUUAGGAAUAGGCUAAGCAAUGCUCUGCUCCCACCUCAGAGAUGCUGUUCACUGCACUUUGGAUAUGGUCUACUUAGUGACAGCUGAACUAUGUUAGAAUUGCAUGAUGCAGGAAGAAGGCUAGUUUUUCAGGAAGUGAGGGUUCCAGCUAGUUUUCUCCCCAAUGUUCUUAUGCGGAGGGGGAGUUUUAAAAAAGAAGCAUGUCCCUACCAACAGUCUGACCAGCAGCCACAAAAUUAUCCUAUGGUGAAGAAUCCUGAUGAUGUGCAGUUAAGCUGUUAUGAGUCUUGCUUGAAAUGGCACUGAAGGCUACUCCACCCACCCACCCACCCACCCCAAACAUACUACCACUCAUUCAGAACCCUUUUUUUGGCAACUCCCCUCCACUUAUAAACAAGGAGGGAUUGGGAGGCACAAGAAGGUCUGGACAGAGCAAUUACCAUUUAGCCAGAUAAUACAAAGAGCAUCACUCAACACUGGAUCAACUGAGCUGAAGAGCACCAGGUGGUUUAUGGGCCACAAGGAAGUUAUGGAACCUCCUAUGCCUGUAUAGUAGUAUCCUUUCCAAGCAAAUGCCACUGGCUCUUUUGCUCCCAAGUCACUUUACCACCUUGUGGUCCACCCUGCCCCUUCAGUAGCCCUGACUGAGCAGCUUAGCAGAAUGGAGGGGCCAGCUUUUACCAAUGCUACCUCAGAAGACUGGAAUGGUUGGGAGGAGGGACUGAGAGAAGACCAGGAAGACAUACUAACUGGGAUAAAAGAGGAAAGAGAAAAACGUACCAGAGUUUCAAUAUCUAGACAAAUAGAGGGAGUUGGGGGGCAAGGACAAGCUAGAGCUCCCUUGGCUGGUUGUUUGAUGAUUUAGGACCACUUGGGGUUCAGAGGUACCAUAUGGCACGGUCCGGCAGGAAACAUUUGGGAAGGAGCGCUAUGUAGAAACUUGGUUGUCUUAUGUUCCCAUUAUCAACUUGGCUCUGCUGGCUGCUGAGUUCAGCCAACAUAAAAUACUGCAACCACAGGUAGAAAGACAGUACAGAAAAGUGCCACCAGCUCAAUCUUCUUCCCAGCUGGCUCCACGCUUCAACGAUGUCAGGCUAGAGAGGCACUCACUUAGUAGUGUUAAGAGACCAAAGACAGGGGAAGUGGGCCUGCCCUAGGCAGCAGCAAUUGCCUUUUGAGGGGGGAAGGGUCCCUCAGCAGCAUAGUGGGUGCUCAGCAUCCAUUAGAAAGGGGAGUGCUGGCACUCAUCAGUUUGUAGACACAGGUCACAACCACUGGUGAACAAACAGCCAAAGGGAACAGCAAGGCCACUGUCCUGCCAAGCUGUUUCCUGCCCUGGUCCUCUCCACAAGGAGUAUGCCAAACAAAAACAGCGUUCAUGUCCACUUUGAAGGCUAGUGCGUUGUCUGCUCGUGAUCCAGGGAUGGAACAGAUGGUUCUGCUGCAGAAGGGGGCUGCGCUGUUUCCUGUGGCACCUUGCCUGUUGGCACAGGGAGCUGGAGAGGAGAAAGGAAAAAAAGAGGGAGAAGAGAAUAAAGGGUGAGUCACAGCAGAGUAUUAAAAAAAAAAUCUAUUUCAGAAGGAAAACUGGCAAUUCCUGGAGGUUUCUUUUAGGACUGCAUAGCAGAAAUCACACCCACACACACACACCCCGCCCGAGAAAACCCCAACCAAAUUCCCUGCCCUUGGCCACCAGAUUGCAGAGCUGCUUACUAAGUACAUUCAAAGCAAGCUGGCAUCUACCACACUUACCACACUCUCCUCUGGCAGGGCACUGUCACCACUGGUUUCCUGGGCACUGGGUUUUUCUGUGGUCCCUUCUUCUUGAGUGUUGGGCUCGGGUCCAGCACUGCUUUCAAGGGCAGCACUCUCCUGCUGCAAGAUGCCUCGCCUAUCCAGCACGCUACAAGGAAAGGAUUCGGUGGGGUGAAUCAAGAAUAGUAGUAUACAUUUUUGAUCUUUUAAAAACAUUUUAUUGUGUUUUAAUGAGUAGAGUCUGGAUCAUUAGGGUGAAUAGGUCAAUGCUUUUUUUUAUUAUUUCCCCUCCUCCUAUGUUUUUAGCUGUUCUUAUUUCUUUCUGUAAGCUGCCUUGAGUCCCUUUCAGGGGAAAGGGUGGGGUAUAAAUAAAUAAUAGUAAUAGUAAUAGUAAUAAUAGUGGGUCAUUGUUGCACCAACCUCAGUUGCUCUCAGCAAGCCCUCACCUACCAGGGAGAACCAGCUGCACAAAUAUAAGAUGGGGGACACCUGGCUUACAAGCAGUACAUGUGAAAAGGAUAUUGGGGGUCUUAGUGCGCCACAAGCUUAACAUGGGCCAACAUUGUGAUACAGCAGCAAAAAAAAUGAAUGCUAUUUCAGGCUGCAUCAACAGAAGUAGUGUCCAGGACAAGGGAAGUAAUAGUACCUUGCUAUUCCGCCUUGGCCAGACCACGCCUGGAAUACUGUACCCUGUUCUGGGUGCAACAGUCUAAGAUAUUGACAAGCUAGAAUGUGUGCAGAGGAGGGCAACCAAAAUGACCAAGGGUCUGAAAACCAAGCCUACUGAGGAACAGUUGAAGGAGCUGGGUAUGUUUAGCCUAGAAAAGAGGAGAUAUGAGAGCCAUCUUCAAGUAUCUAAAGGGCUGUCACAGAAAAGGUGAAGCAAAAGCUUGUUUUUUCCUCCUCUGGAGGGUAGUACUUGAACCAAUGGCUUCAAGUUACAAGAAAGGAGAUUCUGACUAAACAUCAGGUAGAAUUUUCUGACGAUAAGAGCUGUUUGACAGUGGAACGGUCUCCCUCAGAAGGUUGUGGACUCUCCUUCCUUGGAGGUUUUUAAGCAGAGGUUGGCUGGGCUAUCUGUCUUGGAUGCUUUAGCUGAGAUUCCUGCAUUGCAAGAGGGUUGGACUAGGUGAUCCUUGGAGUCCCUCUUCCAACUUUAUGAUUCUAUGAUAACCACUUAGGCUCUGCCUGUCAUUAAUUCUAGCUCAACCUACCACUGGGCUUUAAAGAUAUGCAGUUCAAAUGGAACUAUUUGAUUAGAUAAACAAACAAACAAACAAACAAACAAACACAGAAGGCUUGAGACAUGAUUUCCCUGCUCCACUGGGAAGAGCAGCAAGGAACUAGCCCAAUGAAGCAGUAGCAAUGUAAGCUGUCUUAUCCAUUUCCCUGGAAUGUGAUAUUUCACACACACACCGCACCUCAUAGACUAAUAUACAUAUCAGAACAUGAUUAGCUGUCCAGUUCUGUCCAGCUGUCCACCCUCAGUGGUUAUCAUAGAAUUUUAUGGUGCUUGAACUAAACAACCACCACCAAGUACCAAAACCCACCUUAAAAUAAUGUGUACUUAGAAAUAAAACAAGUUGUUAAAUAUAUGUUGUUGAAAUACAUUCUAAGUACUAUGCAAUUAUGUUUUUUUUUUUAAUGACAUUCAUAUGGAAAGUGAAUGGAACAGAUGUAUAAAUCAACACCUGCAGAACUGACAUGAGCCUGUGGCCCUGUUGUUAAAACAUCAGCUUCCAUCAGACUCAGCCACCACACCCGAGGGACACGGAAUGAGGACAUAUAUAAUCCCACAAUGCCUGAAGGACCACAAGUUCCCCAUGCCAGAUGUAAUAAACUAUAACGUGAUCAGCUUUUGUGCAUGUGUCUGUAAAAGUAUCUUCAGCCAUAUGCCUCAAAUAGGAGCAUAAUUGCUAUCAGUUCUACAGAUUAGUAGAAAUAAAUGUUUCUGCCAUUCUAACUGGUUGUUUUAGUUAUUUGGUUUUUUCUGCUCUUAUUUUAUAUUACUGCGCUGAUGGAUAUUACUUGUAAAUUGAGUUAUUGUACCCCACUUUGGGAUCACUUGUGAUGAGAGGUGGGUCAAGAAUAUUUAAAAUAAAUUAAAUUAAAUGGACUGG